AUGUCGGCCGACAUCGCCUGGCAGGUCAUCCGGAACAACUCGGCGUUGCUGGUCAAGCGGAAGAACAUCGACAAGGCCUUCUCCACCGAGCGCUUCAACCUGACCAAGACCAACUCGCGGCGCUACAACGGAUUCGUCAACAACAAGGCCGUCGCAGUUGAGUUCGUGAAGAGGGGCGUCCCGCAAAUCGUGCUGAAGCGCUCGCGAGAACAAAGCAAGCCAGCCAGCUCCCUGGUCGUCAAGCCCCUCAACAAGACGAAUGGAAGGCGUGCCCGCGUCACCGUGCAGAGGAUCGUCAGCGGAUACAGGCCCUCGCUCGCCAUGGUCGCCCAACGCAAGGUCUCGCAGCUGCUCCGCUCCCUACGCCCGAAGCGAACAACGCCGCACUCGAAGAUCACCGCUGAAGAAGUCGCCGGUUCCACUGCCAUC